CGCUGUGAGUCAAACAAGGGGAGGGGGCGAUCCUCAUUGGGUGUUUGGUUGUACCAGCGGGCGGAUCGGACGGCUUUUGUGUGGCAGCUAUUCACAUGUUGAUCUGGGCGCCACGACUGCGGAGCCAGCCAUCGCGCACGGGGUUAUUUGUAGCCGGGCUGACCAAGAUGGAGGUUGCUAAAGCUCCUUUCUCUCGUCUGGCGCUGGUUCUACUGGUUUUCUGUCUCCUCGUGAGGGAAACGCGCGCACAAGAAGCCGAAGCCUGCACCGAAGACGAGUUCCAGUGCGGAAAUGGCCGAUGUAUUCCCGACAGCUUUCAGUGCGACGGCGAGGACGACUGUCGGGACAACUCGGACGAGUUCAACUGUACCGGCUGUAGGAGGGGCAAGUUCAUGUGCGAGGACGGAGGGUGUCUGCCGAGCAUCUUCCGUUGCGACGGUAUCGGCGACUGCGAUGACGACUCGGACGAAACCAACUGUCGGUUAGGAUUCUUGGACACGCUAGGUGGCGUUUUUGAUGAGCUUACCACCACGCAGACCGUGCCCAGGCCGUACCCCGUCACGUCCGUCCCGCCCAGCUCGGUACUGGAGCAGGGGACGGUGCUGGCGGUCUGUACGGACCAGGAGUUCACCUGUGCCGACGGGAGCCGCUGUGUGCCCCGCCUGUUUGUCUGCGAUGGCGAGAGGGACUGUGCCGACAACAGCGACGAGAUGGACUGCCCUCCGAAGACGUGCGGUCAGGACCGGUUCACGUGCGGCAGUGGAGACUGCAUCCCCCGGGCCUGGACGUGUGACCGGGACGUGGACUGCGCGGACGGGUCGGACGAGUCUGAAGAACUGUGUCAAGAGAGAAACUGCACCGAGAAGGAAUACCGAUGUGAGAACUCCACCAAGUGUGUCCAUCUUACCUGGUUCUGCGAUGGCGACAAGGAUUGUCGGGAGGGCGAGGAUGAGGCGGAUUGUGACCAACAGGAGUCCAGGCCCUGCGCCGACGGAGACUGGCGCUGUGAUGCAGGAAAGUGCAUUUCCGCCGGGUGGCGCUGUGACGGCGAGCAGGACUGCACGGACGGAACCGACGAGGAAUCCUGCGAACCCCGGCUCCGCGCACAGAACACGACAUCACUGGACAUCCCUGCACAGAGUAACAUGACACUGGGAGUCAAUGACACCGUGAUCCCCGAGGUUGGCCAGUUUGACAAGCCCGGGGUGUGUCCUCAGCUCGGCUUCCCUCUCCACCAGUCCAGCCCCACCUGUUCCCGUGACGCCUGCGUAUCGGACUUCCACUGUCCGGGCGACCUGAAGUGCUGCGUGAACGGCUGCGGGGGCACCAUGUGUGUGGACCCCAGUCCGCAACCCACCACGCUGUUCGAGCAAGAGGCCGGCUGUGCCAACUACGACUGCGGUAUGCAGGGAGCCUACUGCUCGGGGAUAGUCGCCGGGUCGGCUCAGUGCUACUGCCGGCCACGAGCGGAAUGUGAGGCUAAAGAUACUGUUUGUGACAAGUACGGCACGAUGUACCCCAGUAUGUGUCAUUUUGAGGCCUUCGCCUGUGAGUGGGGCUUUCCCAUGGAACCGGCGCCCUGUCAGGACUACAAUGUACAAGGUACGUCUCAAUAUGUCAUAUGUAACGUUACUCUCUACGUUUUGGGACUGCAUUUAUGA